CUCCCCCACAUUCUCCUCCACCAUGGUCUUCUAUCCGCCCAAGUGGGCAGGCGAAUUGCCUCCCAUCCCUGACACUUUACCUCUCUGCGACUUCAUGUUAGACGAAAAGUACGGUCGGGCUCCCCUACAUCAGUCUCCUGCCCCAUUCAUCUGCAAUGUCACGGGCAAAGGAUAUUCGCCGGCCGAGAUUGUUGACCGUGUGGACUAUUUGGCCCGCACUCUGUCUCAGGAACUGGACUGGGAGCCCAACACCGGGGCAGCAGAAGAUAAAGUGAUCGGUAUUUUCAGUGUGAACGCGAUCGACACAAUGCCCCUGGCAUGGGCUGUGCAUCGGCUGUCGGGCAUUGUCUCCCCAGCCAACGCAGGCUUUUCCGCCGCAGAAUUAGUUUAUCAGCUCACGGAUUCCAAGGCGACGGUGCUCUUUACCUGUCUGCCUCUGCUAUCCACCGCUCUGGAGGCUGCAGCCAAGGUUGGGAUUCCUCGUCAGCGAGUGUUCUUGCUGGAGACGCCUACAGAGCCAGGCCAGUCGCUACCGGAUGGAUCAUCAGAUUUCAAGACGGUGUCGCAAUUGAUCGCAGAAGGCCAGAAGUUGCCCCCAGUGGCGCCAUUGCAAUGGGAAGCUGGACAGGGUCGUCGGCAACCGGCUUACUUAUGCUAUUCCAGUGGCACUUCAGGGUUGCCGAAAGGUGUGAUGAUCUCGCACUACAACUUCAUUGCCAACAUCCUGCAAUUCAAGCAGUACGAUGAGUCGUCCGGCAUGCGCAUCAAGGGCAAGCCCGAAGUGACGAGCUGUGUGCUGCCCAUGAGUCACGUCUAUGGGCUCAACUACGUAUGUAACUACGCCGCCUACCGCGGCGAUCAGACGGUGGUGUUCGCCAAGUUCCAGUUGGGGGCUCUUCUUGAGGCGACCCAGCGAUUCAAGAUCAGCAUUUACUGCCUUGUGCCCCCCAUUGUCUUACGCCUCGUGCAAAGUCACGAGCUGUGCCGGCGGUACGACCUCAGCACCGUGGUGGGACUCUACACCGGGGCGGCUCCGCUGGGCGAGGAGAUUGAAGCAGCGGUGCGCCAACAAUACCCCAGCGUGAAUGUUGGACAGGGUUACGGUAUCACUGAGGGUACCACCGUGAUCGGAUUGACGCCCGUGCUCGAUCAGUGGACAGGCUCCGUGGGCUGUCCCAUGCCUGGCUCGCAGUGGAAGAUUCUUGACGAGGAUGGUAACGAGGUGACUGCGUACGAUACGCCAGGCGAGGUCCUCGUCUCCGGCCCGCACAUCACCAUGGGCUAUCUCAACAACCCUAAGGCCACUGCAGAAUCCUAUCGCGGCGGGUGGUAUCACACCGGCGACGUCGGCGUGAUGCGCCUGAGCCCCACGGGCAAUGAGCACUUGUUUAUUAUCGACCGCAUCAAGGAACUGAUCAAGGUCAAGGGAUUACAGGUGGCUCCCGCGGAAUUGGAAGCCCAUCUGUUAACCCACCCCGCAGUGGCCGAUUGCGCUGUCAUCCCCAUUCCCGAUGCCGAUGCAGGCGAACUACCCAAGGCCUUCGUCGUCAAGUCGCCAAAGGCCGGUCCGGAUGAUGCGGCCACCAUCCAGGCUAUUGUGGCACAUGUGCAGGACGCCAAAGCCCGCCACAAGUGGCUGAAGGGUGGCGUAGAAUUUAUUGAGGUUAUCCCGAAGAGCCCGAGUGGCAAGAUUCUGCGACGCUUGCUGCGCGACCGAGAGAAGCAGGCUCGUCAAGCGAAACUGUAAUAGGAAAAGUAGUGUGAUAAUCCCC